AUGGAACGAGGGGAAAAUCCAUCUGACCCCGUCGGUAACAUCGAUGUCGGCGACGACGUAAUGGUGAACCCGACCCCGUUAUCUACACUGUUCGUGAUUCAUCCGAAACUCAUUUAUUGUAGAGAUGAAUAUGAAAUGGAAGGAGGCAACUCCGACAGGGGCAACAUCGAUUCCGGCAACAACAUGGUACAAUCACAUCCAUUACAAAAUGUACAGUAUCCCCCUCCAAGAGUUCUUAUUUUGAUUGUUGUUCCUCCUGUCAUGAAUGUGGGUAUUUUCAAAAUCCCUUCAUCCGAAGACGAUAAUCCGAAUGACAUGAGUUUACGAGAAGGAACUGAUAUUAUUGUCCCUAGUGUUGGAAUGAAGUUCCAAGAUGAGAAUGAGGUGUUCGAAUUUUACAAGAACUACGCAUACCAAGUUGGAUUUCCGGUGAGGAAAAGAAAUUUAAGGAAGGGUGAGGAUGGGGUUGUGCGUUAUGUCACUUUCACAUGUAGUCGGGAGGGGCGUCGAACUAGUGGCUUAAAUUCAAUCCUGAAACUUCAACCAAAAAUGCAAACGGGCUGUAAAGCAAGAUUGACAGCAUGUUAA